GAUUUCUCUUCAUCCAGUGCCAUCUUAACCCGGUUUAGGGCACUCGAACUCGCUCUUUGACUCAGGCUCUUGGUUCUUCCUACAUCGCUGAUCUGUUCUUCAAUUACUCAUUCCUCCCUUUGUCGUUCUUCUAUCUAAUCGAGACCGACUUGAUCCCGCCCCUUCCCAAGUUCGAUCUAGCUCGGGUAGUUGCGAGGAAAGGAUCUUCCGUUUGGUCUUCCAUCAGUUGAUAUUUACUAUAAGAAGAGUUGUGUUCAGCAAGGGGAUGACUUCUUGCAUGACAUUUUGAAAUUUAUGCAAUGUCAGGCCUAUUAAAUUCUUCCUUGAACGGAUCUGCUUCAAAUCUUCCUGAUGGUGCUGGUAGGUCGUUUGCUACAUCAUUCUCUGGUCAGUCUGGUGCGGCUUCCCCUGUUUUUCAUCACACUGGUCCUAUUCAGGGGUUGCACAAUAUUCAUGGGAGCUUUAAUGUUCCCAACAUGACAGGCACACUUGCGUCAAGAAACUCGACAAUAAAUAGUGUUCCAUCUGGUGGGGUUCAACAACCUGCAGGAAACCUUUCUAGUGGAAGAUUUGGGUCCAAUAAUCUUCCUGUGGCCCUAUCUCAGCUAUCUCAUGGCAGCUCCCAUGGACAUUCAGGAGUCACCAAUAGAGGAGGUAUAAGUGUUGUAGGAAAUCCUGGAUUUAGUAGUAGCACAAAUGGAGUUGGAGGUUCUAUUCCUGGGAUUCUUUCAACAUCUGCUCCAAUUGGUAACCGAAAUGCUGUUCCAGGAUUGGGAGUAUCCCCAAUUUUGGGAAAUGCAGGUGCUCGAAUUACAAGUUCAAUGGGAAACAUGGUUGGUGGGGGGAACAUUGGCAGGAGUAUAAGCUCUGCUGGGGGGCUGUCUGUACCUGGACUUGCUUCUCGACUAAAUUUAAGUGUGAACAGUGGAUCUGGGGGUUUAAAUGUGCAAGGACAGAACAGAUUGAUGAGCGGUGUUCUUCCUCAAGGAUCGCCUCAGGUAAUAUCAAUGCUAGGAAAUUCUUAUCCCAGUGGUGGAGGUCCACUUUCUCAGAGCCAUGUUCAAGCAGUAAAUAAUUUGAACUCGCUAGGGAUGUUGAAUGAUGUAAAUUCCAAUGACGGGUCCCCUUUUGACAUCAAUGACUUCCCUCAAUUGACUAGCCGUCCAAGUUCUGCUGGAGGGCCUCAAGGACAAUUGGGUUCCUUACGAAAGCAGGGUCUUGGUGUUAGUCCUAUUGUCCAACAAAACCAAGAAUUCAGCAUUCAAAAUGAAGAUUUUCCAGCUUUGCCUGGAUUCAAAGGUGGUAAUGCAGAUUAUGGUAUGGAUAUGCACCAGAAAGAACAACUUCAUGACAAUUCUGUGUCAAUGAUGCAAUCUCAGCAUUUCUCCAUGGGAAGGUCUGCUGGUUUCAGCUUGGGUGGAUCAUAUUCUUCACAUCGCCCGCAGCAGCAGCAGCAGCAUGCUCCUUCGGUCAGUAGCGGAGGUGCCUCCUUCUCAUCUGUAAACAAUCAGGACCUUCUCCAUCUACAUGGGUCAGAUAUAUUUCCACCAGCACAUUCAACCUAUCAUUCACAGACCAGCGGACCUCCUGGCAUUGGCUUAAGGCCUUUAAAUUCUCCAAAUUCAGUUUCUGGUAUGGGAUCAUAUGACCAGCUUGUCCAGCAGUAUCAACAGCAUCAGAACCAGUCUCAGUUCCGCCUUCAACAAAUGACAGCAGUAAAUCAGUCCUUUAGGGAUCAGGGGAUGAAGUCCAUGCAGGCUUCACAAUCUACUCUAGAUCCGUUUGGUUUGCUUGGCUUGUUAAGUGUCAUAAGGAUGAGUGAUCCUGAUCUAACAUCUCUUGCACUAGGAAUUGAUCUUACAACCCUAGGUUUAAAUUUGAAUUCAUCCGAAAAUCUUCACAAGACUUUUGGAUCUCCGUGGUCUGAUGAACCAGCUAAGGGUGAUCCAGAGUUCUCUGUGCCACAAUGUUACUACGCUAAACAGCCACCUGCCCUACAUCAAGGUUAUUUUUCUAAGUUUACAGUGGAAACAUUGUUCUACAUAUUUUACAGCAUGCCCAAAGAUGAGGCUCAACUAUAUGCCGCAAAUGAGCUUUACAAUAGAGGCUGGUUUUAUCACAAAGAGCUUCGUUUGUGGUUUAUAAGAGUUCCUAAUAUGGAGCCUCUGGUCAAAACAAACACGUACGAGAGAGGAUCAUAUCACUGUUUUGAUCCGAACACAUUUGAAACACUCCGGAAGGAUAAUUUUGUUCUUCAUUAUGAAAUGUUGGAGAAGAGACCGCCGCUGCCCCAACAUUGAUGAGGAAAGAAACUUUAAAUGUAAAUUCAAUUUAAGGGUUUAUUUAAUUCAUUAGGGCUUAAGUCUUAUUGCAGCAUUUAGUGUUCUGUCAAUUUGGCAUUUUGCUGUAGAUCGUGUUCUAUUCAAUGGUCGGUUAGUAUCUUACCCUUCUCUCUUUGUAUUGUUGUUAGUGUCUGUGUUGUUGUUUACCUUCGAUUAAUCUGAAAAAACAGUUCUUAGGUUAACUUGCUGACUA